AUGGCGCUCGGCGUCAGCCUCAGCAAGGCGCUCCCCAAGGCCGCCAUGCGCGCCUUCACGGAGAACCUCCAGCGCCUGGUGCCGCGCAUCCUCCCCGCCCGCGAGCUCGCCCGCUUCGCGUGUCGCCUCCUCGUCCGCAAGCUCCUCCGGCGCAAGGCGGCGGCGGCCAACAAGGGGAGGUCGCAGGAGCUUGGACCAUUCCUGGUGAAGAAAGAUGUUCCUGAGCUUGAGUUAAACCCUUCAGCUGCAAAUAUCCUGUUCCUGGACUCCCCAGCGGGCGUUGGAUUUUCGUACACGAACACGCCCCUUGAUAAAGAUCCACCGGGAGACAAUUCCACAGCACACGGAUCAUACAGUUUCCUCGUCAGGUGGUUCGAGAGAUUCCCCCAGCACAAAGCGAAGGAGUUCUACAUAGCCGGAGACAGCUACGCAGCUCUCAAACCAUUCCCCAGCUCUCAAACGUCAUCCUGGAGGAGAACAAGAAGGCCUCCAAGGAAAAUAGAGGACUGGUCGCCGUGGUUCCAUCACAAGCAGGUUGGCGGCUGGAGCGUGGUGUACGACGGCCUGACCUUUGUCACCGUGAGAGGGGCCGGCCACCUGGUCCCGUCCACGAAGCCUGCGCAAGCGCUUGAGCUCUUCAGGCACUUCUUGGCCAACACCAACCUGCCCUCCAAGCCGUUCUAG